UUGAAAGCGUAUGAGGUGUGCGCCACCAUUCGGAUCAUCGCAAGCCGUCUACCUCCGCCGAAUCCACCACCACGCCACAGACCGACCAGUCUCCCUCUCAGGCUCUCCGGAUUCGAGGUCGUACUUCUCACCGUCUACUCGACCGAGACCAAGGCCCGCAACGGGAAGCCCGUCACAAUUUGCAUCCCUGAUCUCGAUUGCUAUUACAAGCAGAUAUUCCCAGAUGCCGAGCUGGGUGUUGAGAUUGAAAGUGUGAGGGAAAGAGUAAAGGAUUUUGUAAUCCAGGAACAUAAUUCAACAAAUGGGGGAGAAAAGUUGCACAAAUUCCUAUGUCAAUGGGAAUUACUGCAGCCGGUUUUGAGGAUUUUGGAACAUUGUUUGCUAGGGCUGUUGAAUGCUGAUGAGGUGGAGGAUGCAACAUCCAUGGCCAUUCACCGAAUGUAUGCUCGAGCUUCAAAUGAUUUGGUUCCUCAAGCUAUUUUGGCGACUAGGAGCUUCACACUUCCUCUCGAACCCAAACGUCUGCCACACCCGCAGCUCCCGACGACUCGCACGGUGCCACGGUGGCAGAUGCGGCCCAUACGACGGUAG